UCAAGCGACCACUUUGUUGAUUGGCCCGCCAGAUCCAGUCAGUUUACCGGGAAACAGUGCGAUGUUUGGUCGAGUGUUAUUUAUUUUAUUUCUUACGACAGCGCAAUGCACACUUCCAAAAGAUCAAGAAUACUGGAAGAAACUUGCAAGAGAAGAGUUCGAAGGAAGUCUAUCGCUCCAAAUAAAUAACAAUAUUGCUAAGAAUGUGAUCCUGUUUGUCGGCGACGGCAUGGGGAUUAACACGGUAACUGCCACGAGGAUAUACAAGGGUGGCGCGUCUCAUCGACUGGCGUUUGAGAAGUUUCCAUUUACGGGCUUAUUGAAAACGUACUCAGCGAAUAAAAUGGUGCCAGAUUCAGCGAGUUCUGGCACAGCGCUGUUCUCUGGUGUGAAGGUCAACCAGGAGACGGUCGGGGUUGACGCCACCGUGGAGCGUGGGGACUGUGCCGCUUCACUCAAGCCCGCUGCGAGGCUAGACUCCCUAGCUGCGCAGUUCCUGAAGGCUGGUAGGAGAGCUGGUCUAGUAACAACAACCCGAGUGACGCACGCGACCCCUAGCGGGCUGUACGCACACAGCGCUUACCGGAAAUGGGAGUGCGAGGCCACGAUGCCUCAGGACGCUGCCGAAUGUAAGGAUAUUGCGCGGCAGUUGGUCGAGGACUGGCCGGGGAGGGACCUUCAUGUAAUAUUAGGCGGUGGGAGGCAAGUCUUCGAGACUAACUCUACCAACACGAAGGAGGAUCCGUACGACACCUGGUCCUGCAGACGGAGAGACAACAGGAAUCUCACGGAAGUGUACAUCCAGGAUAAAGAGAAGAGAAAUUUGAAGUACAGCUACGUCAAAAAUACCGGGGAACUUAAAGAGAUAGAUCAUCAGAACACUGACUACUUACUAGGUAUAUUUGCCAACGGUCACCUGAAGUAUGAAGACGAGAGGAACAGAGGUGAUGAGGGAAUGCCCUCGCUCACUGAUAUGGUGGAAGCCGCCAUAAAAGUUCUAUCCUCGGACCAGAAUGGAUAUUAUCUUAUGGUGGAAGGUGGCAACAUAGACAUGGCUCACCACCGCGGCUGGGCCAAGAGAGCUCUGAACGAAGCAGCAGAGAUGGAGAAUGCGGUACAGCUGGCCUUGCGGGUGACAGACCCCAAGAACACCCUGAUCAUAGUGACCAGUGAUCAUGGACACACGCUGUCUAUUAACGGGUACCCGCUUAGGGACUCUGAUAUUACCGGUAUAGCUCAAAAGUCACCAUAUGACGGUAAAAACUACACUACACUGUCGUACGGUACUGGGGGGCCCGACGCCCUGCACUACCACGUUGUGAGCGACGAGAACGGAACUAAGAUCGCGCGAGACGAGCCGAGUAUACUCGUCGCGACGAGAUUCGACUACAAGCAGCCAGCCGGCAUCAUACUUGAUGAGAAUAGUCAUGGCGGUGGGGACGUGGCUAUUUAUGCGACAGGUCCCCACGCUCACCUGUUCACUGGAGUCCACGAGCAGCACUAUGUGUAUCACGCGGUGUGCUGCGCCGCACACGUGGGCGACACGGCGGGUGUGUGCAGCGGCGCACACGCAUACACAAACACACUCAUCUUAUACACAAUUAUACUAGCGUUUAUUGUUGUACAAAUGUUUUUAUAACGUUUAUUGUAGUGCUAGUAUGAAUGCCUCGCACAUUUAAAAAAUAGAAAAUAAGAACCAAUUUUGAAUAAGACUAAAUAAAAAUCUUGUCAGAUAUUCAUAUUUUCGUGAUUGAACUAGAAUCCCAUUAUAGGAUUUAUUAUUCCCAUCUAUUUAUCAUAAACGGAGUAUAUAUUUUUUUAUAAAUAUUUAGUGGAAAUUGCAAAUAAACAAAUUCAUAUGAUGAUAUUACAUUUAGCAGGAAUAAUCUCUUGACUAAUAGGCGGUUCUGUUAUAUCUCUGAAUAUAGAAUAUAUCUCAAUAUUAAUACAGUAGAAACCGGUUAUAACGACAUCGGUUAUAACAAUUAACCGUCAUUUUCAAUAAACAAACCUGGUCCAUUUUUUUGAUCUAUCCAAAACAAUGAUCGAUGAGAACAGUUUUUUUUUAAAUGCUUACAAAUGAUUUAUUUUGAUUGAUUAAUUCUCGGGAUCGGAUUAAAGAUUGAAAUUGGGAUGGUUUAUUGAAGUCGAUUGUAAAGGGCGAAAUCCUGUUAAAUACAUGUUUAAUAAAAGAGUAUCGUUUAUUACGACUCGGAUAUAGCGUCCAGAUAAGGUGGUCCCUUAAAUUUCGUUAUAACCGGUUUUCAAUAUAUUUAUAUUUUUCUCUCGAAAAUAUUUUAUUUUUACAUUUUUUAAAGAAUUAUGUUGAAACUUUUUAAUGUUUUAAAAAUAAGUUGCAAUGUGUAUUUAUUUAUUAUUUAUUAGUAAACAUUUGUUGAAUUAUAUUGUGAGUUUGUUAGGAUAUAGGACAUUAUCACUUUGUCUAGCAUCUAAUAUUGUUUGAUAAUGAAAACAAAGUAAUAUAUUUUUUUAGAAUUUAUUCGAUAUAUUUUUUGACAACAUAUAAUUUUGAGUUGGUAGGGGUGGCAGAAGUGCAAUCAGACCACCCACUAUAGCUAAGUGUGUUCCGACCCAUGAUAUGAUAGGGCGCGACACUAUCGCCAUACGGCACAAAUUCCAGAUUGGGCUGAUAGUGAACAGCAAAACCCUAAUCACUGUCCUUAUUGGAAUUCGAACCCGGAACCUCAAGGUAGUGGUUCGACUCACACAAUACAACGCCACCAAGCCAGUCCUAAGUUCCUACAUGUAUUUAAUCCACUUACGGGUAAAUAGUUUUUACACGAAUAGUGUCCAAUAAUUUGUUCUAUUGUAUUGUCAAUUAUCACUAUUUAUUGUAUAUUUACAAAAUAAAUUAUUACAAAUAUA